AUGGCUCCAUUGCCUGUGAAAACCCUCCAGCGUCGCGGCAAUAAUGCAGGCCGUACAUUCACCAUCGUCUUUGCUAUCAUCGCCCUGCUUGUUGUUCUAGCUUGCCUCAUCUGGGGCAUUAUCCUUCCGCGUUAUCGCAAGAGGGAUGUCGGUUUACCAACCAACAGAUUCGUUUCUCAACCCCGGAUCAUACCUCAGACUCAGCGAUUCCCAAGCCACCCUGCUCUUCUCCGCGGCUUUCGGAAGAAGCCCUCGACUGUCCUUCGAAAAUGCAAUCCGCGAACCGAGAGUUCCAAGAAUCCUGCGCAAGUGAACGCAAGUCAUCACCCAUUUUCGGAUGCUAGUCACCAUGCUGCCUCUGUCCUUGGGGCUCCAGUCAACAGUAACGGUCUGUUCACGCCAGUCAAAGACCGCCUCCCGUUGAGACGAGGCCGUGCCUGGGCAAGAGGAAGAGCUUUCCGCUGGGAGAAAAGAACUGAAGCAAGAGAGGAUGUUACCAUAGACAGCGUCAAUGGGCCACAGGAAUAUGUUAUCCGAAUGCCUGAAGCCCUUGUCCUCAAACCUCGACCAGCAGGACGACCACCACCGCUGACACGGCAACUGGAGAGGUUUCCUUGCCCACAAAGUGACCCCAGUGGAAAAGGAGGUCUUAUGCAUCCUGUCAAGCUUUUUCAGGAAUUGCAGCUGCGAGACUCACAAUCCACUAUGGACAUCUCUGGGACACCAUGCCCACCACGAAGUUAUCGAAGUCACUCAAACAUGAACAGAUUCGCGUCCAAUCUGCCGGUGGCCACACAGGACCGAUGCAUAACUACGGAUCCUGCUGACAAUGCUUUGCCUCACACACAUCCUGAACCAGAAGAAAUCUUGUCCAUAGGUUGUGGCUCCCAUACGGGCUCGGCACCAGAGACUAAUAUGUCUGUUCCUGACGUUGACACACCAGUAAAGCAGCGACGGGCAGAGGAUACAGAGUUCGGUACACGGCAUGCAACUUCAGAAGUUGAGAUCCGUGACUGGCUUGAUCAUGCAAACAUCGACGGCAGGACGGACACAGUCUCGUCUAGACGAGGGUAUACGCCUACCACCGAUCCAUUUACAACCCCAGGUGUUUCCACGACAGCUCCAACCUCGCCAGCAAUUUCUGCCAACACUGUCCCAGCUCUCUCAACACCUUCGCAGCAUCCGGGGCCCAGUUGUAACGAUGCACUUACCCUUCCUCACGUCCGCUUCCACCGACGAACACCUAGUUCAGGAGCGCGCCCUCUUGGUAGGGUCAUGCGCCCAAUGCCCCGAGCUGUGACCAGCGAAUUGGGUCAUUGUACUUGUAGGGACGUGUAUGGCCACUGCAAGCCGGCACAGUGCCCAGCCAACGGGCGAUGCCGUCUUUCACGAACCUUGUACUUGCAAAAGCGGCGCAUAUCUCGGAACCGUCACUCGUUCUCAUCUCUGACAUCGGUAUCCAAGCCCAGCAUUGUGCCUGCAGGCAGGAGGAGCAUCUUACGUUCGAGCAGCGUCUACAGCCAAGACAUACGAGGACUAAGAGUCAGUACAAACCCUGAAUUUGCGAGGAUUGCAGCUAGGGCGGUCGAGAUGCAGGCACAGGCUGCAUUGUCCACGGCAGUGCAAAGAAAUGAUUUUCCACAAGAGGACAAGCUAAUGGACCUGCCGGAGUGUAAGAUGGACAGCUGGAUUCCACACAUUGCAGGUGUGCAAAAGUACGUGUCUCCAUGUGAAGUGCCCAAACGAAGUCAGUCAGAGGCUGGACCCCGGCGGCUAAGAUUGGACGAUCCGCAAACCAUGAUCAGCGGCCAUGGUGCGAGACAGAGAGACGGCAACGGCGAGGAUCGAUGCAUCUCCACAACUCGACCUGGCGGCACAGCCGACAACGUGUAUGAUGAUGGAACUGGGCGUGUCUACUGGGCGAGAGCAUUACAAGCUGCCCAGACAGUGCGACGAUACCGGCCAGAACCAGCUGUUGUGGGCACACCACCGCAGGGUACCGCGCCGGGCGGCGGACAAUGGAUUUGA